AGCCACAAGCAGCUCGCAGCCGCAGCAUCAACAGCAUCAUCUCUCUCUCUCUUUCUCUCUCUUCUCGAGCCCUUCUCCAUUCUUCUGCAUUCGUCUCUGACUCUGUUCGCAGUCCAUCGUCUGCUGCGAGAACGCAACAGAACGCUGAGAAGUUGGAGUGAGUGAGUGAGGUUCAGCAGUGUCGAGCGGGCCGGACCACAAUCUCAUCAAUCUGAGACUCGAACAAUUAUGGCCACCGCUUCGUCGUGUCAGCUCAAGUGCAGGAAGGCGGUGGGAAUUCUGAUCCUGCUCAUGUGCUGCACGUCGCAUUACGCCGAUGCGCGAAUAGCGUCGCAAUUCGCCCUUCCAGCACGAGACGAGGAAGUCGGCGAGGAGAGUGGGCUCGAAUCGCAGAGAGCGUUCGAGUCGCUGCUGACUCUGGAUCAGCAGCAGGCGGGCUCGCGGAGGCUGUCGUUCCUGGUCCCGACGCCGUCGAUGAUUCUGCCAUACCACAACGGCGUGAUUCUGUCGGGGGCGCCGGAGAUCGCCGUGUACGUGAUCUGGUAUGGCAGCUUCGGCGCAGCGCAGAAGGCGCCAAUUGUGGACUUCCUGUCGUCGUUCUCGGCCGCGCCGACCGUGGCGCCGUCCGUGGCCUCGUGGUGGAAGAUCACGGCCGGGUACAAGGAUUCGCAGGGCCUGGCGGUGGCGCCCAUGGUGAGACUGGCAGGGCAGCAGGAGCUGGCGGAUUACUCCCGAGGCAAGGCGCUCAAGAACGCCGACAUCCAGGCGCUGGUGCUCAGCUCGCUGGCCACAUUCCCCGUCGACAGCAACGCAAUGUACGUGGUGCUCACGGCCGAGGACGUGGUGGUGGAGGACUUCUGCCGGAACGAGUGCGGGGCGCAUCUCUUCACGGGCCCGAGCGCCGCCACCAAGCAGCAGCAGCUGCCCAUCGCCUGGGUCGGCAAUUCGGCCUCGCAGUGCCCCGGCCUGUGCGCCUGGCCCUACGCCAAGCCCCAGUAUGGGCCGCCCGGCGAGCCCCUGCUGCCGCCCAGCGGCGACGUUGGCACCGACGGCCUGAUCAUCAACCUCGCGACCAUUCUCGCCGGCUGCGCCACCAAUCCCUUCAACAACGGCUUCUUCCAGGGCGACGCCUCGGCCCCGGUCGAGGCCGCCACGGCCUGCGCCGGCACUUAUGGCGCCGGCGCUUACUCCGGCUACCCCGGCCAGCUCCUGCUCGACUCCGCCUCCGGCGCGAGCUACAAUGUCCUCGGCGCCCACGGCCGCCAAUUUUUGAUGCCCGCUCUCUGGGAUCCCGUCACUCUGGCCUGCGUUGCGCCCUGAUCGCUGUCAGACACUGCCCCUCCUGCUCGAUGAUCUCGCGCUUGUCGCCUCCAUCUUAUUUACGUUAUCUAAGAGUACCUUGUAACGUAGUAGACAUACAUAGACAGACAGAGACAGACAUAGAUAGAUAUAGAGAGAGAGAGAGACGAUUAGAUACAACAGAGCACGAUAAGGUGCCGAGGGACUCCAUACUUCCCCAUCCGCCAAGCCAGCCAGCCAGCCAGCUAUCUGUCCAUCGUUUCAUCCUCGCUCGCUCACGUGGUUGAGAGAACAGAAUUGGGAGUUUCGUGUACAAUGGGGAAUUGCGGCUCGAGACAGAAUGUAUCAUCAUUCAGAGGCGGAAGAACUAUCAGAGGAAUCUUCUAGUAGCGGUAGGAGUAGUGGGAACAUCAUACAACAAGCAAGCGAGCGAGCACGCACGCAAGGGUCAUGAUCGCUCGCAGUUGCUGCUGCGUGGAUACUUCCGGAAGGGCGGACGGUCCAGCAGUGGGUCAGAAUCCAGAUGUAAGAUUUAAGUAAUAAAUAUGACACCUGAAGGUGAUAAUCAUCCCGAGGUUGCUCUUACAUAC